UGGUAUGGCCUUUGUCCCAUCCCCUCUCCUCCUGCUCUUUGUAGCAUGAAAUUGUUGUCACUUACAUUGCUUCAGUGUCAAUGCUUAGCACAGCCCUCAGCCCUAUAGCGUCUGUGACUGUCUGUAGACCAAAGGCUGGGUGGCAGCCAUUCACCCCUUCCAGCUCAGCAGUGCCAGGGAUCGGGUUGUGACACAAUAUAGACAUGUUUUCCAGGCUACAUCACACAUCCCCUCAAAGCCUUCACACACACCCCAACACACACCCCCCACUGCAACCCCCACCUUUUUGAGGAUUUUAGUUUAGUUUUAGUUUUGCACAAAGACAAACCUCAGGCCAAGAGUAAAUGAUUUCUCCAAAAGGAAUUCCUAGAAAAGGAUUCACUCCCCCACAGGAAUAAGCUACAUUGUUCUAAGCAGCUUUAAACUGGUCUCACUGUGCCCACAUGAAGGGAUUGUAGCCCCUCAACUAAACUAGUUUCAAAUCAAUAUCAUUAUAACAGCAAAAAUACCGAGGAACAGGCCUCAUGCUAUAAAACAGGAGAAAGUGAAGAACCAAUACGACAUAAAUAAACCCCUCUGAUUGAAAUAAACACAAAAUCAGUUUGAAAACAAAAUCAGGGCCCUGUUGUGCCAGGUGCUGCUUGUAUCCUGGGCAGGCUACAAUUUAAGCUUAAAACUAGACCCAAGGCAUGCAUAGCCCCUGUGGGAGCAGGUGCUAGGUGGUGCACAAACAGCAUAGGGUAGAAACACCCUGAGUCAGGCUGCAGAUUUGUCACAGCAUUUUGAAUUAGAAAUUACGGAGCAGUUACAGUAACUUUAGUAACAUCACAGGUCUGUAAAUUUACUGUGACUGCUCCAGGAUUUUUAAUAAAACCUGCUGUCAAGGCUGAUUCCCUUCUCUGGCACUUCAAGUGCAGAAGGUGGGGGCCCACAAGGAUUUUAAACCUUAAUACUUGCCACUCCAGGCUUGUACUCCCAAGGUUAGAGAUCCCCCUGGACACAGUCUGAAUGUCGAGACAGCACUGCAGGAAUGCAGAAUCCCACGGCCCACAGGGGGAUCCAUGCACAGGACGCAGUCCGUCCCCGGGGUAAACUCAGCCAGAGACCAGACCUGGUUACACACCAGAGACUCCCCAUGGGCCAGUGUCCCCAUCACUGCAUCAAUUGUGGCAAGAAGUUCAGCAACCCUUUCGCAGUGGCCCAGCACACCGGGGAGUGGCCGUACUGCUGUGCUGACUGUGGCAGAAGAUUCAGCUGGUCCUCGAUCCUGAAAAUACACCAGCGUACACACAUCGGGGAGCGGCCGCACCGCUGCACCAGUUGCAGCAAGAGGUUUGCAAAGAGCUCAACCCUGAGAAUACACCAGCACAUGCACACUGGGGAGUGGCCACACUGCUGCACUGACUACGGCAAGAGCUUUGCAGAGAGCUCAAAGCUGAGAAUACACCAGCGCACACACACCGGGGAGCGGCCGUAUCACUGUGCUGACUGUGGAAAGGGCUACGCACAGAUCGCACACCUGAGAAUACACCAGCGCGCACACACUGGGGAGCGGCCAUAUUGCUGUGAUGAUUGCAGCAAAAGCAAAAUCAGGAGUUCGUUCAUCUGCACAUCUACCAAUGUGAUAUAUGCCAUCGUGUGCCAGCAAUGCCCUUAUGCCAUGUACACUGGCCAGAUC